AAAAAUAAGUUAUUAUAUGUGUACAGUCAUAAUAGGGGGUAUCACGUUUCCUUCCUUGAGAAAAUUGCCUGAGCGCGAGAGAGAGAGAGAGAGAAAGAGAGAGAGAGGGAGGGAGAGAGAGAGAGAGGAAGGAGUUGAGCUAAUUGUAGCCUAAUCCCUGGCCCAGAGGCGCUCGGGCAGCCCGGAGCAAGAAUUCUUUUUUUUUCCCCAGCCCUGCUCUGUUAUUUAGAAACGGAUUACUGUGGCUAUCUUCUUCUCAUAACAAACACGCGGGCAGUUACACUUAGGCGAAAAAAAGGCAAGAAGCUGAAACGCCAAGCAGGAUUUCCAGCAGGAGCGCACAAUCUCUUUUUUUUUUACGCGUAUCCAAAUAAGAGCAUAGAGGGGGAAGGAGACCAUCUCAUCUAUGUAUAAGGAGGGAAGAAGCAUGUCACGGCUGUCUCUGACCCGGUCCCCGGUCUCUCCACUGGCCGCUCAGGGAAUCCCUCUGCCGGCUCAGCUGACCAAGGCGAACGCCCCGGUGCACAUCGAUGUCGGGGGACACAUGUACACCAGCAGUCUGGCGACCCUCACCAAGUAUCCUGACUCCAGAAUCAGUCGUCUGUUCAAUGGCACCGAGCCCAUCGUGUUGGACAGCUUGAAGCAGCACUACUUCAUAGAUCGGGACGGGGAGAUAUUCCGCUACAUUCUCAGUUUCCUCAGGACCUGCAAAUUGCUCCUUCCAGAGGACUUCAAGGACUUCCACUUGCUGUAUGAAGAGGCGCGCUAUUACCAGCUGAUGCCCAUGAUCAAAGAGCUGGAGCGCUGGAAGCAGGAGCGAGAGCAACGACGGAUGGCGCAGCCCUGCGACUGCCUGGUGGUCCGUGUCACGCCCGACCUGGGCGAGAGGAUCGCCUUGAGCGGGGAGAAGGUCCUCAUCGAGGAGAUCUUCCCCGAGACUGGAGAUGUUAUGUGUAACUCAGUCAACGCUGGUUGGAACCAGGACCCGACACAUGUCAUUCGCUUCCCGCUCAAUGGCUACUGCAGACUCAACUCAGUCCAGGUUCUUGAGCGUCUUUUCCAGAAAGGUUUCAGUGUGGCAGCGUCAUGCGGAGGCGGUGUGGACUCAUCCCAGUUCAGUGAGUACGUGUUGUGUCGCGAGGACCGGCGAAGUCUGUCCAUCAACACGCCCAUCAGGAUAAAACAGGAACCACUGGACUAGAGUGUUCUGGGAGAGGGACUGCCAACAUCACUCACCCCAAUACUCCUUUAGUCUGUUCACACCACCACACCUUUGCUUUCUUCUGGCCCCUCCCUACCCUAACCGGAUCACAACCACCCCCAGCUAAGUCUCAUCUGCUAAGUAUUAGCAGAGGAGGGUUCACCUCACUAGCCCUACAGGACGCUAAGGGGAAUGUAGUACCAAACAAAGGGAAAAAAGCAUCAACAACAAAAAUUUGUGAUCAUAAUGCCCAAAGAAUCCGGGACUGUGAUGAAAGCAGCAACAACUAGAAAUAGACUCAUAGACAGCAGAACACUGAGAACUUGUCAGCACCAUGACUGAUUCUUUUAAAUAAAAGGUGUCUCGACCCUUUUGGAAGGACAAAAUCUACCUGAUCCUUGAAUCCCAAAUCCUCCACGCCUGUUAAAACGCACACACACACACACAUACAUACAACCCUUCCUUCCAUAUUGUCAUUUCAGUUGUGUGUGUGUAUAUGUGUGUGUGUGAGGUCCAUGUCUGACCUGCUGUGGGACAAGACAGCUUUGGCAGACAGGACACAAUCAGACAUAAUCUGAUUUUACAAAGCGAGUCUCCACGACCCUCCGACCCUCCACCUUCAUCCCACCUUCCUGGCUUCAGAGGCCGGGCCUCGCUAAAAACAGCAUUGUUUGCCAAAACUGAUUGUUUAUUACUAUUUCUCAUUUCUGAAGUAUGUUCUUCUCGCUCUUUUUUUGCUGUUCUUAUCACAACACGGUGUAAACAAUUAUUAUUAAUAGGAUUAUUUUAAAUGUCUCUUCUUUUUUUUUUCUCCUUUCUCCAAUAUGAAGGAUGUAUGAACAUUGUAUUCAUUAGGCUUUGAGAGCUUGUGAGGGAGCAUUUCCUGGCAGUAGCUGCAGAAACUCAGAUGUCUCCAGGCUAUGUGGCUAAAGCGAUCUGGCUGGCAAUGCAUUCAGAGCCGGAAAAAGUCCCAUUGUUGAAAUGGCGAUGGAAGAGAACCUGGAUGUUUUUGACAUUGUUUAUAGUCAAAUGUGAAGCACACAUAAAAAAAUUGCUUUGGGAGUUUGUGCCGAUUUGCCCUGAAACAUAUACUAUGGGGUUUCUUUUCUUUUUUUUUUCUCUCACGAGCACAAACGUGUUUGAAUUUAGCAGGAACUUGAGAAAGUUUGUGAAUAUAAAAUCCAGGUUGAAAUUGCACAAGCUGUGAGUUAAUUGCAGUUUCUAUUGGGAUAGAAUGUUAAAGACUUUGAGGACCAACAUGGAAAGUUGACGUUUACCAGUAUGUCUCAUGGUCAGCAAGAGAUGUACUCUAAUGCUUAUUGUUUCUUUGCACUUAACCAUUACCUACAGAGUUGUCCUGCCCUUUGAAACACUUGUUUGUUCCCAGUGACCAGUGCCAAGCUGUUUAGCGUCACUCGUUUCAGUAGACAAGGACACAAAAGCCCAACAGAACAAAUAUUGUAGGUACCAAAAUAAAUGUGGUGCCAAUUUUGUUGAUUGUACAAACAAAGAUGUUAUCCCCUUUUCCACAGUGUAUAGCUAAAGGUGACACAAUUCAUGAUUCAGAACCGUGUGAUGGGUUUCAACAUUCUUUCACGGAGGCCUCGGGUCUUGACAGUUGUGUUGAGAAUAGCUCACAGUACCUUCAGUCAGACAAAGUUUGGGAGAGGAAGUCUCUACUUGCUGCAGUAUUGUCACUUCUAAGCGAAGAUAACGGCAGUUGUUCUUCACGUGUACGCGUGGCAGAACCACAAGUGAACCGUAGUCCUCGCAUCUGUGUGUUAUUCACAAAGAGGCAAGUGGGCGGCAUUUACUCUAUCCUGCUCUCAUUCUUUUGGUCUUAUUCUCGACAUUUCUGGAUCAAAGACAGAAACAAGAAAGACUUGAGUUCUCAUGCUUUAUAUUUGUGUGUAACUUACAGAUGCUGUUUCUUCCAUUCCAAAAGACAGAGAGAGAACGAGAGAAGAAAUAUACAGAAGCUCAUUCUGAUCUUUGUGAGCACUGGCAGUAGUUUGAGAUCAGCUGGGGUUGUUUUUUUUUUGUUUUUUUUUAAACUAGCUCUUCAUUAAAAAUGGGUUGGAGUUCUACUGACCAUGCUGCCCUAAUAACUGCUCUCUCCGGAUGGCGGCUGAUUAAACAAGGCCAAUGAGUGGAUAAAGAUGAGCUCAGUGUAAGUGUAGCCCCCAGCAUUGUGCAGUUCUCCCCGGAGUCUCUCUCACAAUCAAGCCCAUCGCUGUUCUGACCUGCCAGUGGCCUGAGCCUGUGCAUACAGCCGCCUCAAAGGGAAUGGUCAACCAGGCCGUUUCAUGUGCCGAGGCAUGCUCCACAGUGCUCCUCGGCCCCCCUCCGCCUCCCCAAAGGCAGCGGUGCCAUUGGAAACUCGGGCUGCACCCCCUGCUGUUGUGCCAUCCCCAUGCCCUGCUUUUCAAAAAAAAACAAAAAACGCCAUCCAAUGCUGUGGCUCGCAGGACCACACCACAACAAACCAAACAAAGUGAUGAGUCAGAUCUGAGCGCAAACACACACACACAGCCAGGCGACGUGAUUCCGCCAAGCCACGGGAUCUUUCAUCCUGCUGACAUGACGUGAAACUCAUGGUGGGUGAAAGCUCUCGAUGAAACUGGGUAAAAACCAUCCACGCUGUCGUACGACCUCACAACUACAAGAAUGACUUAUGCUGUAGUUCAAGGAGGGAACAAAGGCAUAUUUUUCUCACAGAUGUGGCCGUUUGAAAUAACAGAGUGGGCUUUGAGAUUUCGAGAGGUUUCCGCGCAUUUGUGGACGAAAACACAAAACGACCGUUCAAACUUGCACAAAGUAAGAAAAAGAAACAAAGAGUGGUAGAAGGUGCGGCCUUCUCUUUUUGCAAUAACCAAACCAGGGACUCAGAGUUCAAAGAGCGGCAGAACUGGAAAAUAAUGACAUGUUCACACAUGUCAUUAUUUCAGAUGAUACUGGUCAAUGUCCCCCCCCCCUCCGAGACAGGUCAAUUGUAGUUAUUGUAUAUUGAAUUAUCAGGACUCUUGGGUUUUGCAGGGACCCUCGUGUGUUUUUUAAGAGACCUCUUAGUCCUCUUCAAAAAAGAAUGAAACAGAAUUCAAAAAGCAUUACAUUGUGUACAUAUGAAUUUAAAAAAAACAAAAACAUUUCAAAGGGUAUAAAAAAGGUGCAAAUGUAUAUUAUUUAAAGUGUUUAAAACAAUUAGACUGUGGUAUUAAAGGGCAUGUGAUCAUUUAAAGUGUCUCCAUUUGAAUUUUCUUGCAUAUUUGCGAUAAUAAAAGGAUGUACUGUUUAUCUGGA